GCCGGACGCCGGGUGACGUAGAUGGGCAGCUGUCAGGAGUAGUUCCGGGUCUGGUUCGGGCUGCAGAGGAGACUCGGCGGGACCAACGGAUCGAUACAAUGAUCAAUAAGUGACCGAGGGGCAGCUGUCCAGCAGAACCAGCGGAACCAGCGGAACCAGCGGAAGCAGCGGAAGCAGCGGGAGCAGCAUGUCCUCCCAGCGCGGCGGGAAGACGCUGAUCAUCGCAGACGACGAGGACGCCGAGGAGCUCAACCCGUUCUCCUUCAAAGAGUUUCUACGAUGGAAGAAACAGGAUCCAGACCAGGACCAGGAUCCAGACCAGGACCAGGAUCCAGACCAGCAGCAGACACAUGGGAAGCUCACCUGGUGCUCAGGUGGAAGCUCUCAGUGCUCCGUGUGUUCUGUCCAACCUCUCUGAAGGUUUUCAUCCAAACCGGAAGGAGCAGCAGCAGCAGCAGCAGGAGAGAACUACGAAGGAGAUGACGAGACGUCCAUGGCUGAACCAAGCAGCUCCUGCAGGAGGAGGAGUGGGCGGAGCAGCCAGGUAGCUCAGCUGCAGGAGGAGAACAUGUCGCUGAGGAGAACCCUCAGGGAGCUGCAGAGGAGAGCCGACGCCAGCCAGCGCAGGGCGGCAGAGCUGUCGGAGGAGCUGCUGCAGAGGAGGCGUCAGGAGGAGAAGGAGGCCCAGGACCUGGAGAACAUGGUUCACUCCGUGGAGCAGAACCUGCACCUGAUGACGAGACGAGCAGUGAAAGCAGAAAGCAACGUUUCCAGACUGAAGGUGGAGCUGCAGCAGCUGCAGGGGGAGAUGGAGUCUCUGCGCUCAGAGAAUGACAGUCUGAAGGCAGCAGAGUCUCAGGUCGUCAUGACGAUGAGACAAAAUGCUCAGGUGGCCUCCGACUACCUGAACAAGACAGCAAGCCACGCCCACUCCUCUAUCUGUCAGCUGAUGGGGGAGGCGGAGACGCUCCGGUUGGUGUCUCAGCUGCUGAAGUCCAUCGAUAAGAUCUCCACUGUGGACACAGAGUCCUGAACCUCUGGACGUCUGUCCAUCGCCUGGAUGUGCGCUGUGUGGUUGUCAUGGCAACAGUUCAGAACGUCUUCCUGUGAGGUCAGCAGGUGUCAGUCAGUCCAUCACACCUCACCUGUGCUGACGUCCCAGCUGCUGAUUGGUUGGUUUGCUGGCCUCCUGCUACCUGACAGAAGUCUGAUUCAAUCUGGACUUUUGUGAAUAAUGUUGACGGUAACUUUUUCUCUGCAGUCUGAAUAAAUGUGGACUCUUCUGAAUUCUGUUCAGUGUGACUGAAUCAGAAGUCAGAACCGAGCUGGACGAGCAGAAAGCUCCGGUCUGCUGUGAUUUCUCAGCUUCGUCUAGUUUGAUUUCAGUCAUAACUUCUGCAGAUGCUUUAAAUAAACCACUUAACGAUAAA